GAAUCAAUCAUAUACCGCAUCAACACCCUCGAGAAAUCGAAUCAACAACCACUAUCCUCCUGAGAAAAAAACUACAGACUUUCCCCGGCUCAUUGCUGAAUGCGAGAGCUGUCAAUAGCCAUGUCACUCCCAACCAUACUCACCUCUCCCUAUUCAAGCUCCAAGCGUACAAAAUCACAAAGGAAACCUUCGGUCUCUCUAGUAAACUCAACAUUCACAAAUUCUGCGCCUUUCGAAGAUGAUAAACAAUGGAAGCUGGUUAUUACGACAAAUAGUAUGGUGCGUGUUUGGGAUCGUGAUGGUUGUAAUCAUGUUUUCACAUCUGGGUCCGAUGGCAUUGUCGCAGCGAAGGGUGCAAAGGAUGGUUCCGUCCUGGCGAUUGCCGACUCUGAGGCUGUUAUGCUGCAUCAGAUAGAGGAGGGACAGAAUAAAUCUUAUCGACUGAAGGGCGCGCAGGUAUGCACUGUUUGGAUUUUAUUUUAGCAUAGGGAAUACUACUGAUUCAUCUAGCAUUGCCGCCUAUUACAAUACGAUCAUGAAUCGCGGUCUCUCUUCUUCACUGACUCUAUUCAUAAUAGUGUCCGAGCUUAUUCCUUGAAGGAAAACAAAGUAUUUGACGCUGCAAAGGUAUCGUUUCUCUCUUGCCUGACAGUGUUAUCACUGCUCUCCUAUCUUUCUUACCCGUUUCUUAGGCCCAUCCGUCAGCCGUCGUUUCAUUUGCCAUAUCAUGCGAUUCGAACCUCAUCCUAUCCUGCUCCGCAGAUCCUCCAGUGAUUCAAGUUUACAACCGGCUAUUGACGACCACCGUUGCCGUCGUCCCUCAUGCUUCUAAGGCUUCGGUAAACAUCUGCGUAUUCCAUCCUACUCGCCGCAACAUAUUUGUCCUUGUAUUCAGCGAUGGUGUUCUCGCCGCCUACGACUAUAGCAAGAUAUCAGGAGGGACAAGCGCGAGGAGAGAUGAUAGAGUAGGUAUCGGACAAGGGGGCUUGAAAGAGAUUCAUACAUUUCGCCAUUUACACGACUCUAGUGUCGCCGGGUCGUCGGGCAUCACUGGUAUACAAUUUCUCCCUGGAUACCGGAGUAGGGCUGUCACUGUAGGUGAAGACGGGAGAAUUUUCCUUGUGGAUUUUGGUAUGCGUGACACGCUCGGAAGCUGGCAUAUAGGGGCCCCAGCUACAAGUCUGGCUGUGAGAACUACGGCAGGGAAGAACAGCGAUCACGAUGACCCGAAAGCUUAUUUUGUCGCUGUUGGAUCCGUCCAUGGCAAGUGUUACGUCUACAACGGCCAUGGAAACAAGAUUGGCGAGCAGAUUGUUGAUGCUGAGGGAGGGCGGGUCCUUGGGGUUGAGUGGGUGAGUAGUUGCCCGUGUUCUUCGACACUAGCUGUGCUUUUUUUUUGCAUUCACCUAUUGAACUGACUGAUGUGUAUUAGGUUGCUGGCGAUGUAUGUAUUCCACUGGGGUCGGGAACCUACGAUCCAAAUUUGUCCUCCCGCAAACGCUCGCGGUCCGGUCCUGAACCUCCUACCAAAGCACGGGAAGGGCUAAGAACCAGAGCUGGGGGCCGUCUAACCACCGAAAAUCGAAACCCAUCCCGCUCACCGGAGCACCAGUCCACAACCACUAGGGGUAGAGAUAUCGGGAAUUCCUUUCCAAAACUGGGCAUGGAAGAGGAACUGGAAUCGAAGGAUGUUGGAGAAGUGGCCGAUCAAGGUUACAUGAGACUUUUCAGUCCCGUGAAGAAGAAGCGACCACCCAGGGCUUCAUCUAUGGAUGAGAAGAAGCCAACCCCGUCAAAACAGAACUUGGGUCCCCAGGAACGAGCUCUAAAGAUGGAAACCCAGCGGAGUUCCGUGGGCGCCCCAUCCCUAUGGAGUGAGUCUGGGGAAAAGACCCCACUACCUCUUGCACAGGUAAUAAGAAACGACGGUCCUGCCCAGGCACCGAACACUAUGACCAAAACUGAAGGGAAAGCAGUGCAUAAACAGGGCCGGGACUGGAAGUAUACUAUGACCACUGAAUCAUCUGUCACUGUCCAGCGUGUCCCUUCUGGGACUUCUCAGGGACAACAAGUUAGUGACAAGACACAUGAUGGAAAAUUGCUGAGUGAUAUUCGGUCAGUGAGGGAAAGAGUUAUGGGACAGAGUGGUAGACCGGUCCGCGGUAACCUGGCACUCUUCGCUCCCUAUAUGCCAGGGAAGUCCAAAAAGGAACACUCCCUAAGCUCAGGGGUUGCUAGGGAAAAGAGAAGUAGUCCGGAGAGACUGGCGACCGACCUAAGGCCUGAGUCUUCGAGCAGAGCACGAGCUGCUGGGGUAAUGGAUGGAAGUGGUGAUGGGGGUAAAGCUGCUCCACAAGCUGUAGACGAAACAGUUACCACUGUUGCUGAUGAUGAGGCCAAGGAUGUUGAUGACGAGUCAUUUGAAGCAGAUAUUUGGCUAGUGGAGGGGAAAGAGGCUAGAAGGAGUCGCAAGCGGAAGCAAUCUAAUGCUGACCAGGCAGCCGAAACGCUCCUAGGCCUUGAAGACUCUAGCGGAAGUAAGCGGUCUCUCACCAGCUCUUUCAAAAGCCGUAAAACUGUUUCCUGGAAGGACGAAACAAGAAUGAUUCGGGACGCUCCUAUAAUACAUGAUACCGGAGACCAUUCCUUUCCUCCUGGGCCUUUGGACAGCGGCUCCCCGGAACCUGAAGGCUCUGGGCAAGAUAUAUCAAGCCCUCCCUACCGCCCUCCGACCACCGGUAGCUUUUCGGGAUCGGCUUCCUUCUCUCCAAUCGGAAUGCGAUUGCCAGGGCCCGAAAACACUGAGCUGAGAUCUGCUCUGCGUAACAUGGUUAUGGAGAUGCAAAUAGCAUUCAAAUCAGAAGUGACCGACAUGCGGGCGGAAAUGAGUGAGCGGUUUCGGCAGCAGGAUAUACUCCUCCGCAACUUGAGCCACGAAGUCCAAAUGGCCAGACAGGAAAAUCAAAAUCUUCGAAACCAGCUGUCCAGGCAGCCGACGUGAUGUGAGAUCAUGUGAUUGGUUGAUUGACCGAUCCUAGUUUUGCAUGCGUUCUGGGAUCCGGCAGGGGAGGCAGGCUGAGGGGUUGGAUCAUGGCGUUUUACGUAGCCUUUUUUGUUUGAGGAUGCCUCCAGACGAAGUCUGGAGCCGGGCUUGGGGCUUUGCAUUGCUAGUAUUGACACUUAUGGGUUUCGGGGGCGGGGUGGGAGUACUGGUUGAGGGUUCAGUUGUAUUGUAGUCCAAUCACGCUUGUAUUUCUAGCUGGGGAUUGGGGGUUAAUGAAUUAUGACAUAUUAUUUAUCU